UUUGUUAAAUUGUCAUCUUAAAGUGGAUGUCAGUUAGAUUUUACACUUAUAUUUAUAUAACGUUUUAUACAAACUCAACGCAAAAUGGAGAUUAUGGGGAUGAUGCAGUCAAAAGAAUCAAUGGAGUUUCAACUGGCGAUGAACACCAGCAUGUUCAAAGAGGGCAAUGACGACUGGAAAAAGCGCCGAGCCAUUCCGCUGUCCCAAACGACGUUCCCUCGAAGCCCAGAUUCCAGCAUAAUGAACGUGCAAAGAGAGGAAGAUCACACCAGAAUAUUCGCCUCAUUGGUGCCAGACGAAGUCAUCUACCAUAUCCACGACUAUUCCAGACGCAAUUUCGAUGCCUGCUUACUAUUUGGGGAUGUUUCCGGUUUCACCGAUUUGUGCGAAAAGUACAACAAAACUGGAAAGGGCGGCCCAUCCAAACUCACCCAAGUCCUCAACAGCUACAUCGGAGCAAUGGUGCAAGAAAUCCUGUCGCAUGAUGGGGAUGUUUUUAAGUUCUCCGGCGACGCUUUCAUCGCCCUGUGGAAAGUGACCGAUAAUCUUUCCAUGAAGGAUGCAGUGCACGAAGCCAUCGAUUGUUCGCUGGUUAUCCAGAAGACCUAUGGAAGGUACCAAGCGGACCAGGACGUGAUUAUUCGAGUCAAGCUGGCAAUUUCGGCUGGAAACCUCACGUUCUCCUUGCUGGGGGACAUGGAGAAUUCGUAUUAUUUCGUCUUUGGCCCGCCCGUUCUGGACCUCAAAGCUGCAGAGUCGCAAAGCUUUGCCGGGGAUAUUAUUAUAACGAAAACCGCUUGGCAACAUGUCAGUCCCAAUGAGUAUCUAGCUGAAGAACUGCGAGAUGGAAUGCAUGCAAAGAUUUACGGCGUCGGCCCCAACUGGAGGAAUAUCCAAAGAGCCACUCAAUUCAACAAAGAUGAUGCCGCCAACUUCAUCCAGUCUUCAACAGAUGAAAAGAUCAGCGACGUGAGUAUAGAAGGUGAUGAAGAAAUGGAUGAUACGUCAGCAACUCCUUCAGUGGCGGAUUUGCCGAGAGGCUCAGUCGACACUACAAUUUCAGUGAGCGGCCAAGUCUUCAAUACUGCCAGUGAUCAAUACGCCUUGCGACCAUCAGUGAACAUGUGCUUAAGAUUGCGGAUGUUGAAGGACCUGAAGAAAUUCAUCAUUUCCCCGGUGGAACGAGGCGUGAUGGCCGAUGAGCCCAUAGAGUAUCUAACGGAAAUCCGUCAAGUCACAAUCCUGUUCAUCAACUGCAAAAUCAAUAUCAGCGCCGAUCUAAAGUCGGCCCAAGUUAUUGAUAUUGCUGAUGAAGCUUUUGUUAACGUCAGCAAACUGGUGAAAGAAAAGUACGGCUGCUUAAACAAACUGAACAUGUUCGACAAGGAUCUGCUGAUGCUGGUGAUUUUCGGCCUUCGCGGCCUGAAGCAUGAGAUGGAGUGCCAAACGGCAUUGAAAUGCGCCAAAGAAUGCUACGAGAGUCUGGUGAAAAUUCCCCAUAUGGCUGGUGUUGGAGUGGCGGUUACAACUGGAAAGACCUACUGUGGGGCCUUUGGCCACACCUUGAGGCGUGAAUACACCGUGAUUAGUUUGAUCGUAAAUAAGGCUGCACGUUUGAUGGUCGCCUAUCCGAACAAAGUGACAUGCGAUAGGGAAACUUUCCUGCACAGCAAAUUGGAGGCGAGGAACUUUAUCUUGCAGGAGUACAAGCCGUUGAAGGGGAUUAUCAAUCCGGGGCCGAUUUACGAAUUUAAGGAAGUUGAAAGCACGCGAGAAGUGGCAUUAACAGUGUCAAUGCGACCUCUUUUGGGCCGAGGACAAGAAAUUGGUUUAUACCUGCACCUGUACAAAACAGCCAGGGAUCGUGCCAAACAGAAUAGCACAGAAAAUGAGGAGUUUUUCGGAAUCCUGGUCAUACAGGGCGAGUCUCGGCAAGGCAAAACGCGCCUCCUGGAAGAGCUGAUUUAUACCACCGACUCCCAAACGCCGAUUUGCCGAUUUACUUUGACGAAAACCGACUCAAAAACUCCAUAUGCAUCAAUUAGACUGAUGUUCAAUCCUCUGUUGUCCCUAACGGAAAAAUCGUCCACAUCUGAGCGCGAAAUGAAGAUAUUGAAGCGUCUGCGGAAGCACCAGAUGGAAAAAGAAGCGUAUUGCCUAAAUGAUAUAUUCAAUGUGAAUUUCAAGACUGCCCAACAGUACACCAACCUGAACAACAAGGCCAAGUACAAGAUACUGAAAAAUGUGUUCAGGAACUUCUGCCAGGGCGUGUUUGGCGUGUUUUGGGUCAUCGCCAUUGAUAAUGCGGAAUUCAUCGACAACGAGUCCUGGGUGUUGAUAAGCAUUCUAUAUAGAAUGAAGCUGAUUUUCAUCGUGGCUACAAUGGGGCUGCGCAGCAUGCUGACCCCAGUGGCCAUGGAAGUGUUGCGGAUGCCCAAAAUCAAGAUCGUCCAGAUGAAAUGCAUUGAUAAGUGGUAUCAUGUGGGCCUGGCCUGCCAAAUGCUUGAUGUGGACGCAAUUCCUGCGGAAUUGGAGAAAGUCAUUCAGUCUAGGAGUAACGGCAAUCCUGGAUGGGUGGAAAGUUUCCUGAUCAGUCUUCUGCAGUCUGCCGGUUUGUUCAUCAAAACCGUAACUAGGAAGUUGGCUUAUGAGAGCGGAUUGGUAAUUCCUCCACUGUAUAUGAUGAUAAGACUAUCCGAGCAAGAAAAGGACCUAUGGAUUGAGAUAAUGGAAGAAGGCAAAGCCCAACCAUCAGACACCUUUUCCAAGUGGAAAAUGUACGUGGACAGUUGCAGGGAAAGUUAUCCUGAUCUCACAGUGGCCAAAUCCCUGAACGACAAAUUCGACUUGAACGCCACCAUCAAAGUGUGCGUCCUGAACCCCACGUUCAACAUCGACGAAGUCGAUCCAGAACUUUCGAUGGACGUGAUCAUCUUGAAGACUUUCGACUCGCUGACGUCCUACGAACAGUUGCUGAUCAAGUGCAGCGCUAUUCUGGGCGAUAUUUUCCCCAGGGACAUGCUCAUGUACAUCAUGUCUUCAUCGGCGGUUAGACUCACGGCUCUUGCGGUGAAAAAACUGUUCGAGAUCCAUGUGAUCAGCUGCGCAAGGGGAAACUUCAUUGAAGGAGGGCUCAUUUUCAAGGAGCGACUGAAGAACCCGAAUGAAGAGACUGAAGUUACCUGCGAGUGCAAAGGGCUGAUAAUCGAUGAAAAUUGCCAGGAUCUGCCCAAAUACGCCUCCUGCGGCUAUAUGAGAUUCCUGUCGACGACUUUCAGGGAAACCACAUACAAUCUUCUGACCGAUAAUCAGAAGCGGGAGUUUCAUGCACGCGCCAUCAGAUACCUGGAGAAGGAAACGCGCAAGUGUCGGGCAUGCGGCAAUGGAUAUUUCACCAAGUAUAUGGGAAAUCGCCUGGACUAUGAUCUGAAGCAUUUGAGGAGGAAGAAAAAGAAGAGGUUCGAGAGGAAGCAGGCGCUUUCAGUGGAUCAGAUCAGCAACACGACUGGGGGCCCUCAACGAGAAAGUGACACGUUGCGUUUCUCCAUUUACAGUGGAGGCAGUGGGUUGUCGGAUCCGCUAGGGAACCGCGCGACGAAAGACUCAGCAGGAACAAGCCACGCGCUUCCCUCUUCCAUUGGUGCCUCCCAUAUGUCGGAGUACUUUCAACUGUCCACCUCCAAAAGCUUCGACUCUGACAUAGAAUCUGACUUUCAAAUGAUUGACGCUGGAAUGGGGUUCAGAACAAUAAAAAAGUACAAGAACGACUACAAUAUCACAAAGGCAUUUUCCGAUGCCGACUUCAGCCAGUGCACUUGCCCGCUUAUUUUGACCACCAUGUACACGCAAAUGAUCGAGCACUGCAGUGGCGCUGGCCUGGUGGAGAAAAUGAUGAACGCAAUGAUAGACUUCUGUUACGUCUGUAUUGAGUCGCAAAAUGUUCCGCAGACUUUGAAAAUUUUGGACGAAGCCCUCGAUCUUCUGGAUGGCCCUCUGCGCCACACGCUGGAACUGGAUUGGAUGGCCAUAUUGAAAAGAGGCAAACUCUACUCCAUCAUGGGAUACGCGCGGAUUAAGUUGGGCCACUACGAGGAAGGUUACAAGCAUCUACUGGACGCCCUGGAUUGCUACGGAGUAAAGUUCCCAGUGAACUCCCUAUCGCUUUACCUACAAAAGGCCAAUUUGAGCUUGCAACAGGACAUGUCCCUGUACUGUUGCCCAUCAUUUUUCGUUGGAAAGGGCACCGAUGAUGAUGUGUCCAACUACUGCAACGACGUGGCGGAAUCUUUGAUCUACAUGUUCGAAUAUUACAAGUGCAAACAGCUGUGGAAUCACGCAAAACUGGCAGCGUUGUGGGCCCUGAAGAAGGCUCGCACCUCCGAAACGGAUUUUGCGUUGCUGUGCUUGGGCUACGCGAACAUGAUCAAUGUUUGCACGCAUUUCGGCGAGCAGAAGCAAAAUGUGGCUUUGGAGGUGUUCGCUUUCGAGCUGUGCCAAAGGAAGAAAACAACGGUGGAACGCGAGGAGUUGAAGGCUGUUUCCAAGCUGUACGAUGCGAUAUUUGUGGCCAGGGCUUGUAGAGGUGAAGUGGAAAAGUCCAUCCAUAUCGGGUAUUUGCUGUGGCGCAUCAGUUCCUCCACGCACAUGACUUUUAUCCUGCUCAGCCUGCUUCCAGUGCUAGUGCUGCUGAUUUUGAUGCGAAAGCACAUCAAUGAAGCCGGCAAUCUGAUGCAGGAAAUCCUGCUAGUCGCUGCUGAAGACAUUGAUAUUUCUGUUCAGUCAAGGGGAUGGAAAAGAGCCAGCAAUCCGAGACCCGGACGCUAAAACCAGACUUACCAUCGCGAUAUGGUUGUGGAACGUGCGUUCGGAAAACUGGGAAGGCGCCUUUAUCUGGGAGGAAGAAGUGAUGAGUUUUUCUCUGAAACCCGAAGGGGAAAAUUUGGAAAACCUUCUAACCGGCCUGUAUUUCCUGGAAGGGCUGAUUGUGAUGAUGGUGCGGAAAAUGGACAGGAAGAACAUCCAGAUGGCCGAAAUUCUUCAGCGGAGGAUCGAGCGGUUGUUCACGCUGAUGUUCAAAGCCGGAAAAUCGGUGAAGAUCAUUUUGCCUCGCCUUUACCAUCUGAAAGCCUAUUUCCAUGUGUGUUUGACGAACAAAUACAACGAAACGUUCAAAAUCAUGAAAAAGGCCACUGCGGCCGCCCUGAAAUAUGGAAACGACAUGGAAGUUUCCUGGAUAAGCCACAAUGAGCAAGCUUGGUGUAAUAAGUUGUCGCGCGCCGAAAAGAACUUCUGGCGUUUUCACGCCGAAGAGGAAAAUCACAUUGAGUACAAUGAAGCCGAUGAAUUCACCGAGAAGUUUGGUCAUUUCUCGUUGCCAAUACCCAUUUAUCUGUAGCCGUUAUACAAAAUCUCAUCAAGUGCUCGAAAAUUGCCGUCCAAUCAUCGCGCUAAAAACUGUUAAACCAUACAAGUUUGCUGGAAGAUUUAUGGCUCACACCCUUGGAAUUCUUCAGUAAUUUCCAUCCAGGAUUUUACGGUUGGGCGCCUGUAACCCAUCGUAAGCAGCCGAGUUAUUUGUACAUGUCAUAAUUUACUAUUUCGGGAUCGGGCAGGAAAUGUGUUAAUUUGCUCGUUUUAAACUACUAUGCGCUCUUUUGUUGGCUUCCUAGAGGCAAUUUUCAUUGGCUGCAGAUGGAGGAGAUUACUUGGCAAUGACGAUUAGAUUGAUAUCUUAUCAAAAUCCUUUCUAGUCUCAGUUUGUUGAAGGUUUGGAAUGAGCAGUAGAAAAUAAAGUUUUGGGCCCCCUAAAUUGGAUGUGAACAAUCAGGGAAUUAGCGCCUGCAAACAAUGAAUUGCAGGCGUCAUAUUUCGAUAAUGGCGAAUUAACGAACACGCUUGCGACACUAAAGCGCUACCAUUGUAGCACUGUCGGCCCCAUUGUUUUGCCGUCAAUCAGCAACGACAGGCGGGGGCCCCAAGCUCGCUCACUUUUAAAAUCCAGCCAAAUGUCCAUGGAAAAAAUGGUUUCAUUGAAGCCAGACUGUUCAAAAUUACUGUAACGUGAUGUGUGCAGCAGAUUGUAAAUCAUCCAGUUAAAAUCGUCCCAAUUUUUUCAGAUUUUCUUAGUGUUUAAUGUCUCAAAAUAUGCAAGUUUGGGGUGCACACAAGCACGGUUUCUCCAUAGGUUCAACGGCGCAGUGAACAUCCUGUCUACAUACACACAAAAAAUACAUUUUAGUUUCAAAAGAA